UAGCAAAAAAAAAAAAAAGCAUUGGGUUCGAGGGUUGCAGAAUCGAGUGAAUCUAACAAGCGUGCGGUGAAUUAUAUGCAUUUAAAUUCGUCACGGUUUUGAAUCCGGAUCGAAAAAAAAAACGAUUUUAGAAAAUAGGCAUGCUAGCGUUUUGUGCAACAGAAAAUAUCUAUGAUAAUGUUAUAAAUUGUACUUUCACGUUAUGCCACUCUCGAUGACGCUAAAUGAAUCCAACAAAAUCCCUUUCGUGACGCCCUGCUUUGACGGCGAAGAGUUGCAUGUGGAUUUGGAACUGAUGAAUGCUGGACUGGCUGCCAUUUCCGUAAAGGAACAUAAUGCAGAAAAUCCACAAGAAGAAGCCAGUAUUAGGCACAGAAAUUCAUUCUGGAGUGUCCACCGUCCAGAAUUGUCUAAGCUAAGUUGGGCCACGAAUCACACACCCCGCAACAUUGAAACUUACUUGAAAAAUCAUGCUGAAAAUCGAGAUGUUCGUAAUGAUCUUCUCAACUCCAAUAUUCCACCGGCAGAUUUUAACCAAUUAACCGUAAUUCAUGCAACUUCAGACCGGCACGCAAAUUCUAAUCACAACUAUCUACUUAUACCCAAGCCGCAAACAAUUCAAUUCAAUGAUGACGAUAUAGCGUCACCAACAACAUUACACAAAAGUCGGGCAGAAUUUUGUGUCACUAUAGGGAGCAUCGAGGAGAAAUCCAUUUCGGAGCCUUCUUCUUCAAAGCCCUCCAGCUCGAAAAUCAUCGAAGAGAAAAUGACGAUGUCAAAUGAGGGACAACCAGAAAAUUUUGAUAAACAACAUCCAGAUGGGAUACCUAAUACUUCGAAAGAAAUGUUAGUUGCACUAAUGGAUGAUACUGUAUAG